AUGUCCUCAACCAUCACCACCGCCAUUCCCUCCACCAUCGAUGCCGCAACCCUCAUCGCCACCCUCCAUAACCACGAAACCAUGAUCGCAGCCCUCUGUCCGGGCCUCAUCUCCUACGAAUUCAUCUCUGGUGACAAAUCUACCGAAGCUACAUACUCCGUCACAGACAAAAAGCCCAUCGGCCAGACCACCUACAAACUCACCCUCACCAACGUCCCCGACGGCAUCAACUCCCUUGUCAACGCGAAGCCGCCGGUCGGCUCGCUGACCAUCGCGGCGAAGUGGCGCGUGGUGGGGACCCAGCUCGUCGAGGAGGUCGAGAUUGAGGGAAACUUCAUGGUGAAGAAGAUGGCGAAGGGCAAUGUGGAGAAGACGCAUCCUGAGCAGCACACGAAGUUGAUUGAGUUGGCGAGGGCAUGA